CCCUGGCGGACCUGAGGAGCACAGCGGCUGGCGGGAGCGCGGCGACUGCUGCGGGUCUCAGAAAGAAGAAAUGAUGUAAAUCAUUCACUAUCCACUUUACAGCUAAAAGUGAGGAAGAACAUGGCCUGGCCACGUAUUUUCCAGAGAGGAACUCUGCUUCCCCGGUUUAGCCAUCAUCAUGUUGUUGUGUUCCUGCUCACCUUCUUCAGUUAUUCUUUGCUCCAUGCUUCAAGAAAAACAUUUAGCAAUGUCAAAGUCAGUAUCUCUGAGCAAUGGACCCCAAGUGCAUUUAACACAUCACUUGAACUGCCCAAAGAGAUCUGGAACAGCAACCAUUUGUUUCCUAGUGCAGAGGAAGCUACUCUUUUCCUUGGGACCCUGGAUACCAUUUUCCUCUUCUCCUAUGCUGUGGGCCUUUUCAUCAGUGGCAUUGUUGGGGAUCGGCUGAAUCUGCGAUGGGUUCUGUCUUUUGGCAUGUGUUCUUCUGCAUUGGUGGUAUUUGUCUUUGGCACCCUCACAGAAUGGCUGCAUUUCUACAACAAAUGGCUGUACUGCUGUCUGUGGAUUGUGAACGGCCUGCUACAGUCCACUGGUUGGCCCUGUGUGGUUGCUGUGAUGGGCAACUGGUUUGGGAAAGCUGGACGGGGAGUCGUCUUUGGUCUCUGGAGCGCCUGUGCUUCAGUGGGCAACAUUUUGGGAGCGUGCCUAGCGUCCUCUGUUCUGCAGUAUGGUUAUGAGUACGCCUUUUUGGUGACGGCAUCUGUGCAGUUUGCUGGUGGGAUCAUCAUCUUCUUUGGACUCCUGGUGUCACCACAAGAAAUUGGUCUGUCAGGUAUUGAGGCAGAAGAAAAUUUUGAAGAAGACUCCCACAGGCCAUUAAUUAAUGGUGCUGAAAAUGAAGAUGAAUAUGAGCCUAAUUAUUCAAUCCAAGAAGACAGUACUAUUCCCCAAGUCAAGGCUAUAAGCUUCUAUCAGGCUUGUUGCCUUCCUGGAGUCAUACCGUAUUCACUGGCCUACGCCUGCUUGAAGCUAGUCAAUUACUCCUUCUUCUUCUGGUUGCCGUUUUAUCUGAGUAACAACUUUAGAUGGAAGGAGGCUGAAGCCGACAAGCUGUCCAUUUGGUACGACGUUGGGGGAAUCAUAGGUGGAACUUUGCUAGGCUUCAUCUCUGACAUACUACAGAAGAGAGCACCGGUUUUAGCGCUAAGUCUGCUUCUAGCAAUUGGGUCCCUCAUCGGGUAUAGUCGUUCUCCAGAUGAUAAGUCCGUGAAUGCUCUUCUGAUGACUGUCACAGGAUUUUUUAUUGGCGGACCUUCUAAUAUGAUUAGUUCUGCUAUUUCUGCGGACCUGGGUCGUCAGGAGCUGAUCCAAGGGAGCAGUGAGGCUUUGGCAACCGUCACAGGGAUUGUGGAUGGAACUGGGAGCAUUGGAGCUGCCGUGGGUCAGUAUUUAGUGUCUUUGAUCCAGGACAAGCUAGGAUGGAUGUGGGUUUUCUACUUUUUUAUUCUCAUGACAAGUUGUACAGUUCUCUUUAUCUCACCAUUAAUAGUGAGGGAAAUACUCUAUCUUGUGCGAAGGAGACAAACUCACAUAUUGAGUGAGUGACUGGUGCUCCCAAGGCAGAAAGAGCAACGGGAAACAUAUCAGGACUAGUAGGUUUUUAAUUCACCUUGUUUAAGGCUAGGAGUGCAACAUAACCUCAGGUUGUCAGGCGUCUCUGAACACUGCCCACCACCCGGGAUGCUGACCAGUAAUGAAGGCUGGGCUAUUUUUCUACACUACAGGAAUUAUUGUUGGUGAUUUUUACUGUUGUUUCAUGAAUGUACUGAAUGGCUGAUGGAUCUGCCAGCAUCUUUGUUUGGCCUGUUCAGAUUUAUCCCUUUACAUUGAAUGUUGUAUUGGCCCUGCACCCUUGUUCUUCAGCUUCGAAAAUUGAGAAAACAGAAGGUGGAGCCACACGUGGUUUGUGUGUUCUCUAACAGGAAGGGUCGUGGCAUUUUGCUUUGGUAAUAAGUUUGUAGAAAGUGGCUCAUCUUUGAAGCAUCAGAUUUUGAUAAACUGCUCAAGCUGGAUCAAGCUGUACGCUUGCUUUGGACAAAGAAUCCCUCUGUUAACUCUAGUGGGAAAGAUCACACUACAUGCCUGCUGGCUUAGUCACUUGGUCUGGUCUAAACGUCAUUCAGGGUGAGAAACUGAAAUAUCUUCAAAUUACUGUCAACUUGUUUUCCUUUGUCUUCCUUCAAGAUUAACUUCAACUCCUGGGAAGUGUUUAGUCUUCCUUUUAAAGACCAGAAGGUACAUCAGUUAACUCGAACAUUCCAUUGUGUAACUCACAGCUGAAGCACUCAACCCCACAUUUGCUGUCUAGGAACUUUGGGGUCCUCUAGGACGCUAAUCUGCUUACUCUCAACUGGGUUCCUGGAGUUACCUCAGCAGGAGACUAGAAUUAGAGAAAAGGGAAAGCCCUUUUGUCCCAGUGUUAAGUACAAAUGACCCUCAAAUUAUGGUGGGGUUAUGCCCCAGUAAACCCAUUGUAAGUUGAAAAUAUUCUAAGUUGAAAAUGCAUAUAAUACAGCCGAGCUUCCAAACAGCCUACCGUACAUGUGCUCACAGGUGGCCUAAGUCAUUUAACACAAACCUUAUGUUACAAUGAAGCCUUGAAUAUCUUACGUAAUUUAUCAAAUACAAUACAUUAUGUCAAAAUCACAACAGUUUACAUCACUGUAAAGUAAAAAAGAAGUCUAGGACGGGCUCCCGUGACAUUGAAUCACAUCUGUGGAUUGCUAAGGCCCUGAGGGGUGUCCGUUCUUUAGAAGAUUGUAGAGUGUGUGUCUCCAGGGCUGUGAAUUCUAUACUAAUUACCAAUAUUUUUAGGAUCAUCCUAUAUAUAUAUACAUAUAUAUAUAUUCUAAAUUAUGUAAGUGAACAAGGGGGGGAGUGUGCAAUUUUGAGGAGUACUUAAUUUGCAUUGGGUUAGGGAAUAUUUUUCAACCCCUUGCUUUACACUCUGAAAUGUGGUGUGUUUAUGAACUUGUUAAUGAUAUUUAAUCAUGCAGAUUUCCAAUCAGUGUAUUUCUCAUUUACUGACAAAAAGGGAAAAUAUGAAACACAGGAAGGGAAAAUAAACUGACUUUCGUAAU